AUGCAUCAUUAUCGUCAUCAGGGCCGAGAAUUGACAGUGGGAGGUGGAAGGUCGAACGCGAAACCAGCCAAUGCUCAAGUAGAGGCGGCGGAGGUGGAAGAGGAGGAGGAGAACAGUCGAAAGCAUCCAGAGCUUCGCCCUUCCGUUGUGGCUGACAAUGAAUCGCCUCAUCGUGGUUUGAUGUCGCGUUCACCGCCUCCUCCACAAAAUGCACCCACCACCACUACGGACGGCGUGGAGUAUGCUGAGUUAACCUUCCCUCCGGCCUCGGAGGAUCGCGGACCCUUUAGUGGGAGCAAGCGGGCAGUCCAAGUUGCUGCGGCGUCCUCCACACUUGGUCGAAGAGGCUCAGCGGGGCGACCGAGACGAGAUCCAUUGCCAGGUCCCUCCUCCGCAUCUAUGCAGCAACUCCCACGAUCGCACACACAAGGAAGCGAGGAUGGAGAAGGAAAUUAUACGGAGAUCAUUGGAGUGCUGCAACCAAAGGCCUACACAAGCCAAUUGGUAUUGAAGCAGCAACAGGAGGCCACUCAAGCCAUCCUUGGUAUGCAUACCAACGCCCCAUCAGUUUUUGUUGAGGCUUCGAAAAAAUUGGCCAAAUCUUACUACCAAUUUGUUUGUGCAGACAAGAGGAAUUUGGCUAGGUCAAUUGUUGACCUCCAGGCUAGUUUUGAGGUGGCCUUUGGUGCUUUAGAGGAUAUUGAACGAACUGGAAGCGAUGUUGAAAGUCUUCACUAUGCAAUUUAUGGACUGGAGGAGGCUCUUUCUCGUGCACUCACUGAGCUUGUUGUAAUUAGAGACGAAGUCCACACUUUGACCUUGGCUCUGAAACAAAGUGAACAAUUCAAUCUCAAACUUUACGAACAGCUAGUAAAUCUGGAUCACGAAGCCACCGAUGGCAUCGAGAGCAGUCGGCAGACGCUGAAUGUUUCCAGAUGCACAACUAACAAGUACCGCAUUCCACAGACUACGAAGGAGGCUCUGGGUAGAGCCUGGGUUCACGAUAAUGCAGAAAAUUCGCAUGGUGAUGUUACCAUAACCUCACUUCUUUCAUGUCAACAGACUUCCAACGAAUUUCACAGUUGGGUCUGUCGCAUUCAACGCGAACUCUCUCGUCGACAUGCUGAAUUUAGCUUUCUCAUGUUAGGUUUAUGGACCGAGGAGGUAUGCACCAACUUCACAUUGGCUGAAGAUGCUUCCGGUGGAGAAGGUGUGGGAUGUUUCCGUCGAAGAAGUCACAGAUGCGAAAGUCCAAAUGAAGAGGUUUCUCAGCGUCGAGAGGCUGUCAUGCGAUCUCUACUUCUAACUCAUCACAUUAAGAUUGAAGAUACUCCUGCCACUCUUAGCUUGAUUCAAUCUAAAGUGCAAGAGCUUGGAGAUGAAGUCUUCACCGAAUUACGACGAAGACGAGAGAGCUUGGAGGAGGCACGCUCUCUACAUCGAACGUUGAACGACCAACUAAGUGGUCGUCGACACCAGUUGGUAGGAAGUCUUUUGGCCACACAUCAAGCGGUACAAACACUGUUGGAAAUGGAUGAACAAAAUGAUGGAUUAGUGGGAAAGUUGAUUAAGACACGACCACUGUUUUCAGAACUGCAAGAAGCCGUGGUCAAAGGUGGUGGUGCUGAUGGUGGGGCUGGCGCUGGUGGUGAAUCCAGAAGUUUUGGAUACGCAGGAGAGGCAACACCUGAAUCAUCUUUCAAGGCGUUGCCUGAGGUUUUAGGCUACAAAAGCCUUGGGCAAAUUCGUAUUGCCAGUCUUCAAUUACUGCAGCAAGGAUACAGAAGGGCUACUGAUGAUGAUGUGGAUAAAGUACGGCAUUGCAGUUUCGUUGUUGACAUUGAAGUGGGUGAGAUGGUAACAGUUGGACGAGAAAAUAGUAUACCCUCGUGCAAACUGUUCCUCCCCCCCCCCAACAUUUUGUUUGUCUUUGUUUUAAACAUUAGUGUGUGCAUUGAGACCUUUAUGGAUGCGUUAGUCCACACUGGCCGGCUGAUCUUCUACUGCUAA